UAACCAUGCGCGCUGCUUCACGUCUCCUAGCGAAAGCCAGUACCGUUGGCACGCCCUCAGGCGGUCUCGGUGUCGUCCCCCACGCCCUUCUCCCGCCGAUCCCGCUCUACCGUCGCCUACUUCGUGGACACCGAAAGCACCUCCCACCAGAGAUGCGUGUACUGGGAGAUGAAUAUGUCAAGAGCGAGUUCCGCGCACACAGAGGUGUCGACAACCCUAUCCAUAUCAUCGGGUUCCUGACGGAAUGGCAAGGAUACGCACAACAGAUUGAAGGCGAGAAGUGGAGAGGAGAGAAGAUGGACAAGGCAAAGAUUGAUAAGAUGAGCGGUUCGCAUUCCACUUGCCUCCUCCUCGAACCAUGUGCUNACGAGCAAAUUGCCCAGAUGUACGAGCUCAUGCAAGCCAUCAGAAAGCAAGAGUUGGAGGAGAAUGAUCCAGAGUUCCAGGCAGCGACUGGCCAAAGCCCUGACAAGCAAGAC